AGAAGAGGAGGGGGCACAGUCCAAUCAAAACAAUCCGGCCGGUCGAACACUUGUGCAGCUGUUCUGUACAUUUCCAGGCCCUGUGCUGGUUUAUACGUUUACCUAGUUUGCUUCGGCGUGGUUCUCUGUCAGUCAGUCUGUAGCUAGAAGCCCUCCAGGAUGUCAGCUCAAGUCCACGAGUUCAAGGUUGAGAUGACCUGCGAAGGAUGCUCCGGGGCUGUCGAACGAGUUCUCGGCAAGCUGAAAGGACAAGGAGUUGAUGCAGUCCAAAUCGAUCUACCUGGACAGCUCGUAUCCGUAACUUCAACUCUCACUUCUGAUCAACUUCUUGAAAGCUUGAAGAAGACUGGGAAAGCUGUGUCUUACGUGGGCCUUAAAGAAUAGACAUGUCUUAAUUUCUAUGUUAUCUUACUUUUUUACUUUUGGUUUGCUUUGGGACACGUAUUUUGAAUGGUAGCUGUGAAGUUUUGCUUUGUUUUUAUUUCAAAUUAGCUAAUUUUAUGCAUAAUAGUAUUUUAUUCAUUUUAUUUCACAUCACAUGCAUUCCCUGUGUGAUUUACUCUUAUUUCCAAUAUUUGAUUGUACUUUUUCUCCAAAUGUCAGAAAAAUGACAGGUUAUAGAAGUCAUUUCAAAUUAGGUGUGCCCUGUGAUAAAUGCUUUUGCUGAUUCAAUGCUUGCCUCAACUAUGAAAUUUUUAAUAGUUCUAUACAUUAUAGUCUCCUUUUAGUUGAACAGAACUAUGAGUGUUAUUGGAUGGUAUGGCUGAAGAUAAAAUCUAGUUGUUGAAUUAUAUUGUUUUGCUGUCUAAACUGCCCUAAAGUUAUAAAUAAAUGAAACAUCAUCAUUGA